AUCUUUCCAAAUCAAGGCGAGAUUGCCCAUACUGAUCAGCGUAUCGGGAUGCUCCUCUCCCAGCAACCUCGAACUCGUCUCCAUCACUGGCAGAAACAGCAACUCGGCCUCCUUCUACCGGCCUUGGUUCCGGUACAUCGACGCCAGGUUGCCUAUGCUGGUCAGCGUGUUGGGAUGCUCAUCUCCUAGAACCCUCAGACUCGUUUCUAU